AUGACCAAGGGGCAGCAGAAUGUUUUUGCCUUGGACGAUUGCUUCGAAGAACAAGGACCCACGCUGACCUUCAGCAACUUGCACUACUGCGUCCAGGAGAGCAGAUGGUGUCGAAAGAAAUGUCCGGAAAAGUACAUCCUCAAGGAUGUCAGUGGCAUCAUGAGACCCGGGAUGAACGCUAUCAUGGGCGCCACAGGAAGCGGUAAAACAUCGCUCCUGGAUGUCAUCGCUGGAAGAAAAGAUCCAGCCGGCCUCCGCCAAGGGAGUGUCUUGGUGGAUGGCAAGGUUGUGACCUCCGAACUCAGGCUCAGUUCUGCAUAUGUAGUCCAGGAUGACAUCCUGAUGGGAACGCUGACCGUAGAGGAGAACCUCCGCUUCAGCGCCAACCUGCGUCUGGACCCGCGACUCCACUCGUCCGCAGACAAACGCGGACGAGUGGACACCAUCCUUGACGAGCUGGGCCUGAAUGACUGCGCAAACACCAAGAUCGGGACCGAGUUUCUGCGCGGUGUGUCAGGCGGCGAGAGGAAGCGCUGCAGCAUUGGAAUGGAACUCAUCACCUCGCCUGCUCUCCUCUUCCUGGACGAGCCCACCACGGGGCUGGACUCAAACACGGCCAACUGCAUCAUCGGCUUAUUGCACAAACUGUCCAGGCGAGGCAAGACAAUCAUCUUCUCCAUCCACCAGCCUCGCUUCUCCAUCUUCAGACGCUUCGACCACCUGAUACUGAUGCACAAAGGCGAGGUGGUGUACGCAGGGGCAGCCCACCGCGCGCUCGAAUACUUCACAGAUCUCGGCUUCCAAAUCGAGUCCUUUGACAACCCUGCAGACUUCUUCAUGGACAUUACCAACGGAGAGGCUAAGUCCACCCUAGAAGAAAUCAAUACAAGUGAACGCAAGAACCUCCUAGCAGUCAAGUAUUAUCAGUCGAAGCUGUGCCAGGACAUGUUGCACGAGAUUGACUGCAUCAACCGCAGCGUCACAGAAGGGGUCAAAGCUCAGGAAAAGGUGGCUGAUUACGCCACUUCCUUCCUCUACCAGAUGCGCGUGUUGUGUGGCAGGACCGUGGUAAACACACUGAGGAACCCGCAGACGUCGUAUGCCCAGCUGGCUCUCAACAUUUUCUUUGCUGUCCUUGUGGGCCUCAUUUAUUUCCAAAUGCCCUUAACCCUGCCCGAAGCCUUGCAGAACAGGAGCGGCGCGUUCUUCUUUCUCAUCAUCAACAUGGUCUUUGGCAAUCUCUCCGCCGUGGAGCUCUUCAUUAACGAGAGGGCCAUCUUCAUCCAUGAAAACUCCAGCGGCUACUACCGCACGUCUGUCUAUUUCCUGUCCAAGAUCUUUGCUGACCUCAUCCCCAACCGCAUUGUUCCCAUCUUUGUUUUUUCUGCCAUCGCCUACUAUAUGAUGGGACUUAAGUCGGCCUUCUCGGCCUUCUUGUGCUUUGCGCUGAUCAUGUCCCUGGUCAGCCUGGCAGGGGUCAGCUUGGCCUUCCUGGUCUCUGCCAGCGUAUCGUCCUUCGCCAUGGCCAACAUUCUCAUCGCGCUCCCAUUCGUCUUCAUGAUGGUGUUUGGCGGUUACCUGGUCAACCUCAAUGCCAUGCUGAGCUGGCUCUCUUGGCUCAAGUGGGUCAGCAUCUUCAGAUAUGGACUCAAUGCUGCCUUCAUCAACGAGAUGGGGGGACAGUUGUUCUACGCAAACACCACCAUUGUCCCGGGCGAGGUGUUCCUCAGGAGCCAGAACAUAGACUACUCCACGUGGGGCUUCUGGCAGAACCAGGUGGCCCUUCUGGGGAUCAUAGUGGUCUGUAUGGUCCUAGCCUACGUUCAGCUGCGCAGGAUCAACCGAUGGAAGUGA